GUGGACGAGAGUGAAUAUCGCAGUGACAAUGUCGGUCGGUAAAAUUGGUGCUUUCGAUGUCCAUAAGGAUAAUUGGGACUUAUAUGUGGAGCGCUUGGGACAAUUUUUUUUGGCUAACGACGUUAAGCCGGCAGUGCAAGUAGCUACUUUAAUCACCGUCAUGGGUAGUGAUGCGUACGAACUCAUGGCAAAUUUAUGUGCACCGGACAAACCAUCAACAAAAAAAUACGAUGACCUCGUGGCACUUAUGAAGAAGCACCUACAGCCAACACGGAGUACCAUGGCCGAACGAUUUAAAUUUCGUCAGAGGAUACAAAGAAGUGACGAAACCAUUGCGGAAUAUACUGCGGAGUUAAAAAAGUUAACAAAAGAUUGUGAUUUUCAAGAAGCCAGUUUAAAAGAUAAUUUACGAGACCAAUUCGUGUGUGGCAUCCGUAAUGAUAGCAUUCGGCAAAAGUUAUUUACGGAAGAUAACCUAACAUUUGAAAGAGCAUUUAAAAUGGCGGUGGCGAUGGAAGCUGCGGAAAGUCAUGCGGCGCUGGUACAGGACCGGUCUAUAACAGAGGAGGGAGUAUCAUCGUCCAAGAUGGCAACGGCAGUGCAUCAGCUGGCCGCGGUGAAGCGGGACAAGCGGCAGUCUGCGGGGGCGGCCAGUACAGAGCGUUAUGGACCGCGCGGUCCAAAGGUCACGCAGUGCCACAGUACAAAGGGAGCGGGCGCGGGCAAGCGACGAGCCGUUAGGAACAAUGCGGACUGGAAGGGUGGACAAACGCAACAAUGUUCAGCGUGCGGAGGGCAACAUGGGCAGAGCUCGUGUAAAUUUAAGGCCUACGUUUGUAGAGUAUGUAACAAAGAAGGGCAUCUUAAGAAAAUGUGUCCAAAUUUGAGGAAAAACGUCGCAUUUCAUGCGAUGUUAGAAGAGCGGGCAGUCUACGAGUAUUCAGACAGUGACAGUAACGGCAGUGAAGAGGUAAAUAACUUUUCUAUAGAUGCUAAAAAGUUGAAAAAAUAUUGUGAAGUGUUUGAAGACGGCUUGGGAAGGUUUACCGGCGGAACGGUGGGGUUCCGGCUGCGAGAGGGCGCGGCGCCCGUGUUCCUGCGCGCGCGACCGCUGGCGUACGCGCUGCGCGAGCCGGUUGAGCGCGCGCUCGAUCAGCUGGUGGCGGACGGUGUGAUCACUCCGGUAAACUCGUCCGACUGGGCUACGCCUAUUGUUCCGGUGAUGAAAAAAGAUGGAACGAUUCGGAGGAAAUUAGAACAGCUGUUCGGAGAUUUACCGCGUGUAGGUAUUUUUUUAGACGAUCUGAUAAUAACCGGGGAAGAUGAUGAAAUGCAUUUAAAAACGUUACACGAGGUGUUCAGGAGGCUCAAAACUUACGGUCUGUGGCUGUUGAUGAUGAAAACUGCAGAUUCUUGCUAUUAA